AUCAGUCAGUCAGCUCCACAUCCAGAAGCUCCUGCGGCCAGACGCACGCAUCACUCCGCACUCGAGGUGCCAAACUGCGGCUCUGAUACAACUCCGGGUCGGUGGAAGUGGAGAAGCUUGACAGGGGGACUCUGGUGAUUUAGACACCCCCUUCAUCCUCUUCUUCUUUCUUGGGAUUUCUACUUUCUCUUUUUUUUUCCCCAGCCUCCUCUUGCUGUUGUGUGGCUUUGACUUUGAGAGAGAUUUACUGAACGCGUUCUCCGGACAUGUCUUUCCCUCAGCUGGGAUACCCCCAGUUCCUCAGUGCCUCCCAUGAGGUGUACGGGGGCGAGCGACCGGCCUCUGCCCGAGAAGGAGGUACCGAGGGCGGCGUGAGCUCGUCGGCUACCGCCGCGGCUGUCGGCUCCAUGCUGGGGAUGUACGGGAGCCCAUGGGCGGCUCAUAACUACAGUGCCUUUCUGCCGUACAGCGGAGCCACAGACCUCGCCCUCAUAUCCCAGAUGGGCUCCCAGUAUGAGCUGAAGGACAGCCCGGGGUCCCACCCAGCCUCUCUACCUGUCCACGCUCAAGGCUUCUACCCGUACGGCCAGUACCCGUACGGGGACCCAUCCAGGGCCAAGACGGCCACCCGGGAGACCACCAGUACCCUGAAGGCCUGGCUGCAGGAGCACCAGAAGAACCCCUACCCCACUAAAGGAGAGAAGAUAAUGCUUGCUAUCAUCACCCGGAUGACACUCACACAGGUGUCGACGUGGUUCGCAAACGCCCGCAGACGCCUGAAGAAGGAGAACAAGGUAACCUGGGGCCGCAGCGCCGAGGACCGGGACGGCCGCAUCUUCAGCAGCGACAACGAGGACGAGCACGGCAAGAACGGCAGCGACGACGAAGACGAAGAGGAGGAAAUCGAUUUGGAAACUGUUGAUAUCGAGAGACCUGAGGAGCAGCGAGAAGGGGAGCAGGGCUCCGGGAAGGGAGAGGGAGAGGCAGGCCAGGCCACCAGAGAGCAGGCCUCGGAGCCGAAGAGCUCGGACAGCAGCAGGACGCUUUCUGUGGAGGGCCUGAGAGGAGUGGAGGCGGCUAUUUCUCUCAAUAGAUCGCCUGUUGUCAAACUCGCAGUGGAUCAUUCUCCGAGCAGACAGGAGUGCCAGAGACCACCGCAGAGCAAACCCAAAAUCUGGUCCCUGGCUGAGACCGCCACGGCCCCCGACAGUUCUCACAAAACCUCCCCCGCGGCCCAUGCGCACCACCCGGCUUUGGCCUCCGCCGGCCACCCGGCCUUACUCCCGGGUCAUGGGAUAUAUACAUGCCAGAUUGGCAAGCUGCACAACUGGGCCAACGCGGCUUUUCUGAAUGCCAACUCUCUUUUGAACAUGCGGUCCCUCCUCGGAGGGGCGCCGGCCGGACACCUGUCUCUCCACGGCGCAGUGCCGGUUGCGCGUCAUGACGCACGACAAAGAGCGGCAGGCCCCGGAACUUCGGGGACGGAGGAUGACAGUGACAUAGAGUCGUCAGGAAGCUUCAGCCCCAAAAGAGACGAGGAAGAGAGCGACCACAGGCCUGACUCCCUGAAGUCCCCAUUCCAGCUGAUCACUGACAGACCUCACCAUGGGACAACACCACAGCGAGUUCUGACAACAACAUCAUGAGAAGACAAAGCAAAAACAACAAAAAAGAAAGGAAUAAUUUUAUUUAAUGGAGAACAGUUAAAUGAAGGCUAUUUUGUGACAGUGCAACCUGUCAUAGUAUUACUGUUUAGCUUCUACAUGCAAAAGAGAUGGUUGUUUUUGUCACAGAUUUGCUUGUAUCACUCUCUUUUAUGUCCUAUGUUCUUUCUUCGCCUCUUCUGUUGUGAAUGGAAACCUUGAAAAUUGUAAAUACAGGAUAUGAAUUUGUCUUUAAAGAGUAUAUUUUUUGGGAACUAAAUAAAUGUCAUUAUAGUCAUUUA